CUACAUUCGCCCGAAGGAGGCGUCAGCGAUAAAAAGCGAGCCGUCAUGUUUCUGUUCCUCCCUCUCUGCCGCUGUCCGUCGGCCAGGCUGCCGCUCCACUCAAGCACCCGUAACAAAACACCGGAAAACAACCAUGUCUGAAAAGCUUCCGUACAAAGUCGCUGACAUCAGCCUGGCCGAAUGGGGGCGGAAGGCCAUCGAGAUUGCAGAGAAUGAGAUGCCUGGUCUGAUGAAGAUGAGGGACAUGUAUGGUCAGUCCAAGCCUCUGAAGGGUGCCCGCAUCGCUGGCUGCCUCCACAUGACCCUACAGACGGCCGUGCUAAUCGAGACCCUCACCGCCCUCGGAGCAGAGGUUCAGUGGUCAAGCUGUAACAUCUUCUCCACUCAGGAUCACGCUGCUGCAGCUAUUGCCAAAUCUGGCGUUCCAGUAUAUGCGUGGAAAGGUGAGACAGAUGAAGAGUACGUGUGGUGCAUCGAACAAACUAUUUACUUCAAAGAUGGGCAGCCCCUCAACAUGAUUCUGGAUGAUGGAGGAGACCUCACCAACCUGGUCCACAAGAAGUACCCCAAGCUGUUGGCAGGCAUCCGUGGGGUUUCAGAAGAAACCACAACAGGUGUCCACAACCUGUACAAAAUGCUGAAGAAGGGUGAUCUGAAGAUCCCUGCCAUCAAUGUCAACGACUCUGUCACAAAGAGCAAGUUUGACAACCUGUACGGCUGCAGGGAGAGUCUGAUCGACGGCAUCAAGCGAGCCACCGAUGUGAUGAUCGCUGGUAAAGUGGCUGUUGUGGCAGGCUACGGUGACGUGGGAAAGGGCUGCGUCCAGGCUCUGCGUGGGUUCGGAGCGCGCGUCAUCGUCACGGAGAUCGACCCCAUUAAUGCCCUACAGGCCGCCAUGGAGGGUUAUGAAGUUACCACAAUGGACGAAGCCUCCAAGGAGGGGAACAUCUUUGUCACCACCACCGGCUGUGAGGACAUCAUCCUGGGACAGCACUUUGAGAACAUGAAGGAUGAUGCUAUAGUUUGUAACAUCGGUCACUUUGACUGUGAGAUUGACAUGAACUGGCUCAACAAAAAUGCUGCAGAGAAGGUCAACAUCAAGCCUCAGGUCGACCGCUAUCGGCUGAAGAACGGGAACCACAUCAUUGUCCUGGCUGAGGGCAGACUGGUCAACCUGGGCUGUGCCAUGGGACACCCGUCCUUUGUCAUGAGCAACUCCUUCACCAAUCAGGUGUUGGCUCAGAUUGAGUUGUGGACGAACACUGCCAAAUACCCCUUGGGAGUCUACUUCUUGCCGAAGAAGUUGGAUGAGCAGGUGGCAGCCGCCCAUCUGGAUAAACUGGGAGUUAAACUGACCAAGCUGACAGACAAGCAGGCCAAGUACCUGGGUCUGUCCACCGAGGGGCCCUUCAAACCGGACCACUAUCGCUACUGAGCCUCCUGAUGAGGAGCGGGGGGGUGUUUUGGUGGGUGAGACCAGCUCACACUCUGGCACCGUGGCCUCAAGCUCCUUUUCUAGGAUACAGAGACAAUUGUCUUCACUUCAAACAACUUUCCAAAUCAAAAGCAAUGUCUGUUCCCGAGUUUCACCCUGUAUUGAUCCAAGUGAUUCAGAGAGCAACCGUCUGAAGGUAAAAUAAAAGGUAAUCUUCCAAUCUGCUGGUGUCGAAGCAGCUCGGCAAAUGACGUUCAUCCUAAGCUGAAGUCCGCUUUUUAUGGGAGUUUGUUCAGGCAGGAUUCAAAGCAGCGUCCGACUGAGAACUUCUUCACUCGUGUCCUCCAUGUUUCUGACAGUGACGCCGUGAAACCUGCUUCUGUGAUCUUGAGACGCCAUCAUGCGUUACUGUGACUCUUAACAGUAAGAUGAUUCUUGUCUGUCAUUCUCUCGUCUCUUCACUGAGUGAAUCAGGGCAAACUGCUCCACCUACAGCCGCCUCACUUCAGCUGUCGCAUCGCUUUACGCUGCUGUACUUGAUCUGAGCGAGAGGCGUUCGCCACAUAACCAGGUUGACUGGUGGAAAGAAGCUCUGCUGCCAAAGUUUUCCCCGACUGGUGGAGUUUUAUUUUCUGCUGCCUCAUCCAUAUUUUAUUGUGAUUAUUUAAUUGACUUGAAGGGCUGAAGCAUUCCCUUUGUGUCUGGAUGUUAACAGACCAGGGUGACGUUAAAGUAGUUCUCAACGGUUACAGCCUGACGAGAUCAGCACUUGUAUCGAAACGGUCAAGUGUGACGAUGGAGAAUAAAAAUAAUUUUGAAUACUUGU